GUUUGCUGCCUAGGGAUGAUAAUGAUGUCAUUAAUCUGGAUGCAGUAUGCAAGCGGAAAAUCUAGUUUGAGGAGAAUAAUAACUUGAAUUAGAAACAUGUUGCAUUAAAAGCACUUGCCAACAUUAUUCAGUAGGAAGUUGGAAAGUUAAAGAGGAGCUUCAGACAGCUGGGCUGGAGAUGUAGAUUUAAAAUUCUUUAAUAGAGAAGUGAGACAAGGCUUAAGGAUAGAACCUUGCAAGUGGCAAAACUUAAAAGCUAGUGACAGCUGGGCCACUUAAGGCCAGAACUCUGAGCUGAGCGGUGGAGGCCCCCUUGGAUCCGGAGAGAAGAGGCCGCCUUGGAACCAGCAAUGAGCCAUCCUGACUGCAGGCUGAACCUCCGGCCCUUGGGAACCCCUAGAGGUGUGUCCUCUGCGGUUGGCUCACAUGGUGUUGGUGCUUCACCAGGUGACAAGAAGUCAAAGAACAAGCCCACACGAGGGAAGAAAAAGAGCAUAUUCGAAACCUACAUGUCCAAGGAGAAUGUUUCAGAAGGUUUGAAGAGAGGAACGCUUAUCCAGGGCGUAUUGAGAAUUAAUCCAAAGAAGUUUCAUGAAGCCUUCAUUCCUUCCCCGGAUGGUGAUCGAGACAUUUUUAUUGAUGGGGUUGUUGCUCGUAAUAGAUCCUUGAAUGGAGAUCUAGUGGUUGUGAAGCUGCUUCCAGAGGAACAGUGGAAGGUAAUUAAGCCAGAGAGCAACGACAAAGAAACAGAAGGUGCCUAUGAAUUAUAUCUCCCCGAAGAGCUCUGUGGAAGCCAUCUCCCACAACAGUCCCCGAAAGGCUAUAAUGAGAGUCCUGAUGUCAUUAUAGAGGCUCAGUUUGAUGACAGCGACUUAGAAGAUGGACAUGGCAACACACAGAAUGUUCUGGUUGAUGAUAUUAAGAAACUCUCAGUCUGUGUUCAUGAAAGAGGAAAAGUGGAUGCUGAUGCACCAGUUAAAAAAGAUGAGAGCACCUGCGUGUCUCAGGACACAAGAGCAUCACCGGAGAAGUUGCUGCAAAGAUCAGCAAAGGUGGUUUACAUCUUGGAGAAAAAACAUUCCCGAGCAGCAACUGGCUUUCUCAAACUCUUGACUGAUAAGAACAGUGAACUGUUUAGGAAAUAUGCCCUGUUUUCUCCCUCGGACCACCGAGUGCCUAGAAUUUAUGUGCCUCUCAAGGACUGUCCCCAGGACUUUGUGACCCGGCCUAAAGAUUAUGCCAACACGCUGUUCAUCUGCCGCAUCGUGGACUGGAAGGAAGACAGCAAUUUUGCACUGGGGCAGCUGGCUAAGAGUCUUGGGCAGGCUGGUGAAAUCGAGCCUGAAACAGAAGGAAUACUAACAGAGUAUGGUGUGGAUUUCUCAGAUUUCUCUUCAGAGGUUCUAAAAUGUCUCCCUCAAGGCCUGCCCUGGGCCAUUCCACCAGAGGAAUUCAGAAAGAGACGAGAUUUAAGGAAAGACUGUGUCUUCACCAUUGACCCAUCAACUGCCCGUGACCUUGAUGAUGCCCUCUCCUGCAAGCCACUCGCUGAUGGUAACUUUGAAGUGGGAGUUCACAUCGCCGACGUCAGUUACUUUAUUCCUGAGGGGUCUGAUUUGGAUGACGUGGCUGCUGAGAGAGCUACAAGUGUCUACCUGGUUCAGAAGGUAGUCCCCAUGCUUCCCAGGCUGCUGUGUGAGGAGUUAUGCAGUCUCAAUCCCAUGACAGACAAGCUGACUUUCUCUGUGAUCUGGACGCUGACUCCAGAGGGCAAGAUCCUUAGUGAAUGGUUUGGCCAGACCAUCAUCUGCUCCUGCACCAAACUGAGCUAUGAGCAUGCGCAGAGCAUGAUCGAAAGCCCAGCCAAGAAAAUCCCUGAGGAGCAGCUACCGCCCAUCUCCCCGGGGCACAGCGGGGAGGAGAUCCAGCAGGCGGUCCUGAGUCUCCACGGAAUCGCGCAGGCGUUACGCAGGCAGCGCUUUGUGGACGGCGCCCUGCGCUUGGAUCAGCUAAAGCUUGCUUUCACUCUGGACCAUGAGACUGGAUUGCCUCAAGGGUGUCACAUCUACGAGUACCGUGACAGCAACAAGCUCGUGGAGGAGUUCAUGCUCUUGGCCAACAUGGCAGUGGCCCACAAGAUCCACCGUGCGUUCCCCGCACGAGCCCUGCUGCGCCGGCACCCCCCACCCCAGACCAAGAUGCUAAGCGACCUGGUGGAAUUCUGUGACCAGAUGGGACUGCCCAUGGACUUCAGCUCCGCUGGGGCCCUCAAUAAAAGUCUGACCAAAACAUUUGGAGAUGACAAGUACUCACUGGCCCGGAAGGAGGUACUCACCAACAUGUGCUCCCGGCCCAUGCAGAUGGCGUUGUACUUCUGCUCGGGGGUGCUGCAGGACCAGGCACAGUUCCGGCACUAUGCCCUCAACGUGCCACUCUACACACACUUCACCUCACCCAUCCGCCGCUUUGCCGACGUCAUAGUGCACCGGCUCCUGGGCGCUGCGCUUGGCUACAGGGAGCUGCCAGACCUGGAGCCCGAUGCCCUGCAAAAGCUGGCCGACCACUGCAACGACCGCCGCAUGGCGUCCAAACGUGUGCAGGAGCUCAGUACAGGCCUCUUCUUUGCCAUCCUGGUCAAGGAGAGUGGCCCCCUGGAGUCGGAAGCCAUGGUGCUGGGCGUCCUGAACCAAGCCUUUGAUGUUCUGGUGCUACGCUAUGGGGUGCAGAAGCGCAUCUACUGUAACGCACUGCCCCUGCGGUCCCACCACUUCCAGAAGGUGGGCAAGAGGCCGGAGCUCACGCUCGUCUGGGAACCUGAAGACCUGGAGCAGGAGCCGGUGCGGCAGGUGGUCAGCAUCUUCAGCCUGGUGGAGGUGGUGCUGCAGGCGGAGGCCACGGCCCUCAAGUACAGCGCCAUCUUGAAGCGGCCAGGCACUGAGGCUCUCCUGGGCCCACAGUACGAGGAGUGUGACAACGACAGCGAGCGAGAGGACUGACCUCCAUCCAUCCCGCCGCCCCCGCCCAUGCCCCUGCCCCACCUGCCGGCUUUUAGGAAUGGGACCUUUGACACCAAAGGGGAUUUUUAAUUUGUUUUUUAACAACUCAGGGUUUUGUUUUUAUUUUUUUCAUUCUAUUUUAUUUUUGCAACUCAGUUUUUAAAUGAACUGGAGGGGAGAGGGUGGGGCUGAUGCCCGGCCAGUGCUUAUCCAAGCGGAGCAGGACCCGGUCCUCCUGGCCGGCCGGCCGCCCUCUGCCAGACCAUCCACUGCCUUCCCUGCCCAUUUAAAGCCCAGGAAACCGGGGGUUUUCAGCAAAUCAGUGUCAUGGAAUAAAAUCGAGUGUGAAGUGCCA